ACUUCACAACCUGUGACAUCAUCACUAUGUUGUGCAAAGAUUGCUUCAAGCUGUCAGAGGCCUACAACUGCAACAGAAACAAGAAUGGCCAGGAAAUCGAGCGCCUCUCCCUUCAGCAGCUUCUGAAGAUUACGUUGGAAAAUCGGGUGUGAGCCCAUCGGCUUGGGUUAAACGCUGGAUGUUGUUCAUCGAGUAAAACUGAAAAUGAGUCACGAGGGACAGGAAAAUCAAGGGACGGGCCUGGGAGACGUCUUUGACAUUCUGCUUAAGGCACCUUCGCAGCGACUGCUGAGCCUGACUCUCCAGCUGGGUGAGACUCCUGAAUACGGCAUAAUACAAGCCUUGUGUCUGAUCGUUCUCCAGAGAGAGACGCAGGCCCUGAACAAACUCCAGAUGCUGGGGGACAACUCCCUCGCUAACCAUCUGGCUGAAAAAUGGCAGACGAGCGGAGGCAAAUUAGAAGAUUUUGCAGUUCAGUGUGGUCAUUUUCGAGCCUCGACGGGAGAAUCUUUGGCAGCGCUGGCUCGGAUUUUUAAAAUUUUAUCAGAGCAGAGGUUGUGCGAUCCACAUGUAAGAAAUCUGGCAUAUAAAAGAGCCAUUUCCAGUGACUGCCAAAACACACGCGGUGGUGGUGAUGAUUUACACUAUGACGAAUUCAGAGAGGAAGCUAAAGCUGUCUGUGGGCCUCAGGUUGCAGAGUGGAUGAGCUCCUCCACUGAAGCAAAGUCAGAGUCCUACCCCGGCCCUAACAGAAGCCCGGAUGAAGGAAAUACAACCCUACAAGCUACUAUGUCCCAGGAUCGGUCUGCAACCACACGCUGUUUUCCCAGCCCUCUGCAGGCGUGCCCCUCCGUGCCCUCAUACCCGUCACAUCUAGAGAUAAGCAUUCCUCCAACGGUCUCGUUUCGAGGUGACAAAAUGGCUCCAGAAACAUCAGGAAAUGCCAAACUAAACACUCCCGCCUUCCUUUGUGGUGAAACAAAAAUUGCACCUGGGCAAUCUUUGUCAUCUGAGCCUCGGUCCAAAUCCAGCGGAUCUCCUCUGUUAGGAGCAAAGAAAGACUCGAGGAUGAGUGAAACAUUAACAGACAUGAGCAGUAAGCUGGACAGUCAGAUUGUAACUCCAAGUCAAACAAACAAACCAAGCAGUGAAGGAAAAGUUUCCCUACCUUCUGCAACAAACAGUUGUACGACGCCAAAAGAAAUACUUGAAAGCAAAGGUGCAGAGGAGGAGGAGGAGGAAGAGGAAGAAGUGUUUUACUCAUUUGUUAUCUUGCAUGCACCAGAGGAUGCAGAUAUGGCCGAGUGCAUGAGGGACAAACUGGAAAAAGUCACAGCUCGUGAAGGUGCAACUUUCUCUGAGGACUUUGCCAUCCCUGGAAAGAGCACUCUGAGGUGUGUGGAGGAUGCCAUCAACAACUCAGCCUUCACCUUCCUGCUGCUCACCCGCAACUUCAACACUCGCAUGCUGGAGAUAAAGGCAAACUCUGCCCUUAUCAACUCCAUAAACAACAAACACAAGUACAACACUGUGAUCCCUCUGCUGCCGCAGAAGAACUGCAUGCCCAGACAGAGCAUCCCUCUGGUUUUGAACUCAAUAGUUCCACUCGAGGAGAACAAGAGCUUUGAGAGAAAAGUGCUAAAGUCAUUGUCUCCAGCAAAAAUCGAAAAGCAGAGACGAAUCUGGACGGAGGAGCAGAGACGGAAAGCUCAGAUGGAGAGGAGACAGUUGCAGGAAGAAGACGCCUUGACCCUUUUCAAACCGGAGGGAGGUGAUGGCAAGGUUCGGUGCCUGCCACAAAACAUUCAUAUCGAAAAUGCUCAGUACAUUAUGAUCGGUAACGACUCUCAGAUGACUGUGGAUUUCGGUGGAAGCGCAGACAGAGCUGAUUCAAUCUACAAAGGGGAGGAGCAAUAAGUUAAAAGAUGAACAUAGGAACAACUUAGGAUCAAUGCAUGUGUAGAAAAUGAAAGAAAUUCUCAUGUUUUCUGAACACUAAAAUGUAAACGCUGUAAGAACGGAUUGUUUCGCUGUAUUUAAACCUACCAAUGAGAAUAAUUCACAUUCAAUGAAACUGUCAAAAGAGCGAUUAAGGACCAUGUAAAUGUCUUGAAAAGACACUGUGAAAUCAAGAUGUUUUGAGCAGAACAGAGCUGUUUUGCAGUAUUUUUGGCGGAGGACUGCCAUCUACUGACUGAUCGGUGGUAUAAACUUCCUGACCUCUUCAGCUGUAUGAACCCUCUGUGGGCACGAGAGAGCAACACUGUCACACGGUACUUAUUGCCCCGGACAGAUCUUCUGAUUUGUAGUAAGAUCUGAUGGCAUUACUGUCCUGCUAUUUGAGGUAAAGUUUUAAUUAUUAUCCAGUGGCCAUAUCAGGGUAUUCCGGUUUUAACAGUCUGGCACAACAGUAUCCGUUUUGGUGGUCGGAUCAAGUUUCUAGGGAUUGAAAUGAUCUCCAAAAUAUGAUCUUUUACAUCUUCAGCUUUUCUAUCACCUCAUUUGGAAACAUGCCACUUUUUCCAUCUCAGAGAUACCUUUCUUUCACAUUCCUUUUUAAAUAUUUAAGCUGUUUACUGAUCAGCUCCAGUUCAUGCUAAACUAGGAUCUUCCCACGAAGCCAAACAGCACCGUGAGGUUCUCAGAUGAGCUGCUUUUAAUAGUUCUGACCAAAAAAAUAAAAAAAACGAGGACAAGCAGCGAAACAAACCACCUGAGGAGAUGGGAUGAACCUCUCCAGUGUCUUCUUUAAACACACUUAGUUUCUUACCAAUUUUGUUUACAUGUUUACUGCGAGUGUUUUUUAAUUUUUGCUGAUAUUUUGUUGUUGUUGUGUUUUUUCUUGUGGAAGGUUUUCUGAUGCACUGUGUGAACACGUCUUGGAUGGUGCUGUAAGAAUCUGCGUUCGUCCCAUCUCUAUGUAUGAGAAAGUUAUGACUGUCAAUGGAUUACUGCUGAUUUGUCUCUCUGGAUGUACUUUAUUGCUCCUGUUUUUGUCUGUAACUGAUGCGACCUACAGUUGGGGGUGAAAGAAUAAUUGCAUACUAGCAACAUCAAUAAUGGGAAGUAAUCCAUUACAAAUAAACAAUUUGUAAUCAAAUUUGCAUUAAAAGUAUGAAACUACUUGAUUGCUGAAAGUACGACACUAUUAAGGUGACCUACAAAGUGUUUUAUGAUCUUAACAGGCCCUACCCUUCAAUAAAUGUGCUAUAUAAGCCUUGUACCUCCAGUAUGUAGUUCACUUUUUGCACACUUUUAUUACAUUUGAAUCCCAUCAGUGCACAUACAAUAACCCAGAAAGUGAAAGCAUUGUUUGCAAAUGUAUUAAAAAGUCUAAAAGUGAAA